UACUCUCUCUAACUCUCUCUCUCUCUCUCUCUCUCUCCCCUUGCACUUGAGGUGGUGGUGUUCAAGCCUUCCAAAGCUCCAAGCUUUUUUUCUAAGUUCUAUUCUUUCUUCUCAGGUUAAUAUUUGGGUGGGGGGGUUAGAGGGGGAUAAGAAAUAUAAGUAAAAAAAAAAAAAAGAAGUGAUUAUUUGUGGUUGUGAAGAAAUUGCUUGUGGAAAAACAAAGGGUGGGUGUGGGGGGUGGGUUUUGAUCAAGUGAUGCGCUCAGGAGGUUGUGCAGUUCAGCAGACCCUCACAGCGGAGGCUGCUUCGGUGUUGAAGCACUCUCUCAGCCUAGCAAGGCGGAGAGGCCAUGCUCAGGUCACUCCUCUCCACGUGGCCGCCACUCUUCUCAGCUCAAGAACUAGCCUCUUGCGGCGGGCCUGUCUCAAAUCUCAGCCGCACCAAACCUCUCAUCCUCUCCAAUGUCGAGCUCUCGAGCUCUGCUUCAAUGUGGCUCUCAACCGCCUCCCAACAACUCCCGGCCCUCUCCUCCACGGGCAGCCCUCUCUCUCCAACGCCCUCAUCGCCGCCCUCAAGAGAGCCCAAGCCCAUCAGAGAAGAGGCUGCAUCGAGCAGCAGCAGCAGCAGCCGCUCUUAACCAUCAAAGUCGAGCUCGAGCAGCUCAUCAUCUCCAUCCUUGACGACCCGAGUGUCAGCAGAGUCAUGAGAGAGGCAGGUUUCUCCAGUACCAACGUCAAGAACAACUUGGAGGACUCCUCAACGUCCUCCGUUUUCCAGUGUUAUAGCAGCUCCGGCGGCGUUUUCUCCUCUCCUUGCUCUCCUUCUCCUCCCUCGGACCGUCACCACCAAAACAAUAUCAUUCCUGGGAGUUUCUGGCAACCCCAUUUCCUGGCUUACACUUGUGAGCAAAACCCACUUCUUUUUUCCCCUCAAAAGACAAAACCUCCAUUGAUGAUCAGUAACCCCACCACCACCACUGAAUACUCUGGUAGUUCUCCAAAGGAAGAAGAUGUUAAGUUGGUGUUGGAGGUGCUGAUGAGGAAGAAGAGGAGGAACACUGUGAUAGUUGGUGAUUCAGCUUCCAUGACUGAAGGGCUUGUCUCUGAAGUUAUGGGGAGGAUAGAGAGAGGUGGAGUUGGAGUUCCUGAGGAGCUGAAAUCAACCCAGUUCAUCAAGUUUCAGCUCUCACCAGUGGCUGUGAGGUUCAUGAAAAAGGAAUAUGUGGAAGCAAAUCUCUCAGAGCUCAGAAGAAAAGUGGACUCAUCAUUUGUUGGAGGAGGAGGAGGUGCUGUUAUUUAUACCGGAGAUCUGAAGUGGGCUGUUACUGAUGAGCAGAGAGAUCAACACCAAAACUCUGGUGGGUAUUAUAGCCCAGUUGAGCAUUUGGUUUCAGAGAUUGCAAGUUUGGUCUCUUCAGAUAACUCAAGGGGGAAGGUGUGGGUGAUGGGAACUGCAAGUUACCAGACAUACAUGAGGUGCCAAAUGAGGCAGCCACCUCUUGAAAUUCAAUGGUGUCUUCAAGCUGUUUCUGUUCCUUCUGGUGGUCUUGGUCUCUCCCUUCAUGCUUCCAGCGUCCAAGACUCGAGAAUAAUCUUGUCUCAGAAACCAUCUGAAGUUCUGGAAACAAAACCAGUAUUCAAUAGCAAGGAUGAGCAACAUUAUUAUGAUAAUAACACGCUCACUUGCUGUCAAGAAUGCACUUCAAAUUAUGAAAAAGAAUCUCAGCUCUUGAAAUCUGGCCAGCAGAAAUUGCCUGCCUGGCUGCAACCACAUGGAACCGAAGCCCGUCAAAAGGAUGAAGUAACUGAAUUGAGGAGAAAGUGGAACAGGUUAUGCUACAGUCUGCACCAAGGAAGGCAUGCAGCUCAGAACAAUUUGAGCUCUUCUAAUUUGUACAACAAUCAAAGCUUAAUUGGAACCAACUCCUCUUAUGUUUCAACAUACCCUUGGUGGUCUACCAAGAAUGGCAUCUCUCCCGAUCCGGAUUCAAUCUCCUUCUGUCAUGAUCCACCUUCGGAGCCUGCUCACGGCUCUAGUCUCGUGCCUCAGUUUAGGAGACAACAAUCGUGCACGAUCGAGUUCAACUUUGACAAUGGGAUCCAAAAGAAUCAAGUGGUGGAACCGAGUUUGGAUUCUCUGAAAAGCACUGAAGGCAAGGAAGUGAAGAUCACUCUUGCUCUUGGCAACUCUGUGUUUUCAGGUUCGGAGAAAAUGGUGGAGAGAAAAUGCACUGAAAGAACAAUAGCUGAAAUGUGCAAGCUACUGAAAGAGAAUGUUCCUUGGCAAUCCGAAUCCAUUCCUUCGAUAGUAGAUGCAAUUAUCGACUCUAAAACUGCCAGGCAGGAGACUUGGUUGCUGAUUCAGGGGAAUGAUUCGACUGGAAAAAGAAGGCUGGCACAUGCAAUUGCUGAAUUGGUUCUGGGAUCUGCUGAUUCACUCCUCCAUAUCGACAUGAACAAAAGAGAAAAUGAGAUGAACCCGAGAACAGAAGUUGUAGCAAGAGCCUUGAAAUCCAAUGAGAAACUUGUUGUCUUGGUAGAAGAUGUUGAUUUGGCUGAUACCCAGUUCUUGAAAUUUUUAGCUGAUGGUUUUGAAAACCGAAAUUUCGGAGAAGUGAGUAGAAGAGAAAGGAUUCAAAGCCAAGCCAUAUUCAUCUUGACUAAGAGUGACUCAACAGUAUAUGAAGAUCAGGCCAAGUACCUGGAUACUGUAAUCCAAAUGACAUUGAAGACAUUGAAGGUUGAUGAGAAAAGUAGUACUAGUCCACUUUUUCAGGGAGUUAACUUCGAUCACAAGCGAAAGGCUGAGUGGGAGCUAGAACUCAAGACCAAGAGUCCCAGAACUGAAGAGAAGGAAGAUCCAAGUGUGGUUGCUGUUGAGAAUGUGAAUAACAAGAAGGUCUUCUCAAGGCAAUCAAGCUUCAACACCCUUGAUCUCAACCUCAAAGCUGGGGAGGACGAAGAAAACGAAGACAAGGCUGGGGAGUUUAGCCCCAUUUCAAGUGACUUGACUCGCGAAACCAACACCGAUCUCCAAACCCCACAUGGGUUUCUUGAAUCGAUGGAGAACCUCUUUGUUUUCAAUCGAAGUCCGGCCAGAGAACGAGAGGCAACCGAGCUUUUCUUGUCCAAGAUGGAAAGGUGUUUCGGGGAGGUAUACGGGAAACAAAAUGUGGUUAGUUUUAGUGUGGAUAAGAGGGUGUUAGAGGGGGUUUGUAUUGGGUCUGGAUAUUUUCCCAAUAGCUUGUUUGAGAAAUGGCUGAAAGACAUUUUUCAGACAAGCUUGAGGGCGGUUAAACUUAAACUUAGCGGGAAAGAGGGUAUACUUGUAAGGCUCUGUUUGGGUGACAAAGAAGAUGGCAUUUUGGAGGGUUUCUUGGGUUCUUGUCUUCCUAAGAAAAUCCAUAUUUCUUGAGCGAGUGGUUAUAUGGAAAACUUCCCAAAUGUGUGCUUCUGUAACAACUCCUAAUUUUCUAAAUACCAUGUGUUUUAUUUUUCCUGUA